UUCUAAAUCUCACGAGUUGCAAGUACAUGGUUAGAACUCCUGACUUCUCGGCAUAUGCAACUUUAGAAAGGUUGAUUCUUAAAGGUUGUGAGAAUUUGGUUCAUAUUGACCCAUCAAUUAGGUAUCUCAAGAGUCUAGUUUUCUUAAAUGUGAAUUAUUGUUUUCUAGUCCAAAAUCUGCCUCUGGAAUUUGAUUCUAUUGGUAAAGGUGCUAUGAAGAAGCUUAAAACUCUUAGUGCCAAUCAUUGUGGGUCACUAACUCAAAUUUCCAACUCAAUCGGUCAGCUCGAAUCUCUGUUGGACCUAUCAUUUGAUGAUAACUCAUGUAUCACUGAACUACCAAACUCAAUUGGUUUGCUAGUGAAAUUGCAACGCUUGUCACUAAGGAACUGAAAUUUAAAACAACUUCCAGACUCCAUUGGGAAAUUAGAAUCAUUAAUUGAGCUGCGGUUCUCGUGGGCAAAAUUUACAGAAUUGCCUGAUACCAUUGGCGACCUAAAAUGUUUGAGAAUUCUUGACAUUAGUGGUUCUUCGAUAGUGAAAUUACCUAGUGCCAUCGGAAUGUUACUGAAACUUGAAGAGUUAGAUGCCUCGAAUUGUUCCAAUUUGGGUGUAAUUCCCAGUAACAUUGAGAAACGGUCCUCUCUGAGAAUCCUAAGACUAGAUUGGACAGAUAUCCGUAGUCUUCCAACAAGCAUUUGUGGGCUUCCUCACCUCCAAACCCUUGAAUUACAGGGUUGCAAAAAGCUUCAGUUUCUGCCAGAGCUUCCCUCUAGUCUAGUGAGUUUACGAGUCACUUGCAAGCCAAUGGAGACAUUUCUAAACCUUCCUAGCCUGAUAAACCUAAAGGUGUUGCUCCUUUUUUACUGGCCUAAGCUGUUGAAAAUUCCUAAAGAUAUUGUGAAGUUAGCCAAACUGGAGACCUUGACCUUAGACGAUAUUAACAUUAGCAGCCUGCCAAUGGAGCUUGGUGCCCUUUCUCGGCUUAAGGAACUCACUAUUAUAGAUUGUGAACAAAUUCAAUGCCUUCCAACUCUUCCCUCAAGUCUAAUCAUACUACAUCUUAGACAUUGCUCGUCAAUGAACAGGUUGCCAGAUCUGUCAAAUUUGAAAAACUUGUCAGAACUAAAGAUUUGGCGGUGUUUAGAGUUAAUAGACAUUCAAGGCCUUGGAAGAUUAGAACUCCUAAUAGAUUUGGAUUUAUAUGGACGCGAAUCACUAGAAACAUUACCAGAUCUUUCCAACUUAAAGAAGUUGAGGAAAAUAGAUACUUCGGAAUGCAAGAAUCUGAAUGAAAUUAGGGGCCUUGACAGAUUGGAGUCCUUGGAAUAUUUGAAUAUGAGUGAGUGCAAAUCCUUGGAAAGAUUGCCUGAUCUAUCAAGGUUAGAAAUGCUGAAAGAACUAAAACUCUCCCAAUGCCAGAAGCUACGUGAAAUUGAGGGUCUUGAGGCUUUGAAAUCCUUGAACAGGGUGUACUUGACGUGGUGCACAGCCUUGGAGAGGAUACCUGAUCUGUCAAGCCUAACAGAUUUAGAUGUAUUGGAUCUUGGUGGGUGUGAGAAACUUGGUGAGAUUUCUGGAUGCAAUUCCUUAUUUAGAUUCUAUCGUUGAGAGAAAAAUUGCAGGAUAUCAGAUUUUUAGUGUUUAACAUGCAACCUGAUGGCAUGGAAAUUAUCUAUUUUCUGGUAAUCCAUGUUGUCUUUCUAUGGUGGUUUUUUUCCUUAACUGAUUAUUAAUUGCGAUUUCUUUCCCUGUUCCUUUUUUCAGGCUAUUGAUGGAAUAUCCAUGCAUGCCAGUUAUCAUUGCAGAACUAUAUGGUUGUUUUGGAAUCAUACGAAGGUUUCAUCAAUUUCUCUGCUUUUGUUUUGCGUGUCUUGAUUCUAAGCAAUUCUCUUUUUCUUUAUUUUGCAAUUUGCAAGAAAGUUGAAACAUGGUGGAAGAAUUAAAUCUCUCCCAAUGCCAGAAGCUACAUGAGAAUGAGGGUCUUGAGGCUUUGAAAUCCUUGAAGUUGCUGGACUUGUCAUUGUGCACGGCCUUGUAGAGGAUACCUGAUCUGUAGAGUCUAACAGGUUUUUGAGGUAUUGCACCUUCGUAAAUAUGAGAAACUAAGUGAGAUUUGAGGACUUGAAGACAUUUUGAAUAUC